GUUUGACCGUUACACGUACCCCCUUUUCCGUGCGUCCUCCUACCUAGAGUCGGCAGUGCGGUUAAGGCGGUUAACUCUGUCUCAGAGUAACUUCGUAGAACUUGUAAUAGUAUCCAGUAACUUUUCUUUAGAAGUUCAGAAGAUGCAGCGUCUCCUUGAGUUGUGGAUCCUCGGUCUCCUGGCUGUUACAGCCGUAAGAGCGCAGUCCGCCGGCGGCUCGGUGAAUGGUGGUCCUGACGUGCAGCAGUCCAUAGGCAGGACCGUCACGCUAAGCUGUACCUACUCUCUGAGCGGGUCCGCCGCCCUGCGUGAGAUCAAGUGGUACCGCGUGUCGGACGCCGGCGACAGAGAACCCGUCCUGUUCUACUAUCCCGGGGAGGUCGCCUACACGUACGGCUUGUACCGUAACAGGGCUAGCCUGGUGAACACGGACUCGGCUGCCCAGGAGGCGUCCCUGCGCCUGAGUAACCUGCAGUUCAGCGAUAACGGCACGUACGAGUGCCUGGUGGGAGCCGGCGGCGGCGGGCUGCAGCCAUGGGAGGGAUCCGCCGAGAUCAACCUGGUGGCUCUGGUUGCUCCCAACGACCCUGUCAUCACCGACGACUACAACUCGGCCAGCCGGAACCUUACGCUGACGUGCACGGCGUACACAGGUAACCCUGCGGCGUACCUGACGUGGACGCGCGACGGCGCUGCCAUCACCACGGACGUGGCCGAGAACAUCACCAGCUGGCGCGGUUACCUGGACGCGCAGUCUCGCAUCAGCGUGACCGUCAGCUCGGCGCAGUCCUCCACGUUCCAGUGCACCGCCCGCCACCCCGCCUUCUCCGCGCCGCAGAGGGCCUCCGUUACGCUACGCUCGCCCAGCGUGUCGACGAUCACGGUGAACCCCAGCCCGACGUUGGAGCAGCCUCUGCAGGAGUUGGACGACGUGAUCCUGACGUGCACGACGCAGGAGGGGACCGUCCCCGCGCCGACCUACGAGUGGCGUCAUGACGGCGGCGCCCUGCCCGCCAGCGCACAGCAGUACCGCAACGAGCUCAAGCUCUUCAGCGCACAGAUAGAGGACAGCGGCACCUACACCUGCACGGCCUCCAACACCUUCGGCUCCGACACCGGGGAGACAACCAUCGUGAUCGGAGAAAGGACUGAUAACAUGCCAGAGGCACAGACAGGCAUGCCUGCUGGCACGGUGGUCGGCAUAGUGAUCGCAGUUCUAGCUGCCGUUGCCGUGCUCGCUGUGGUUGGAUUUGUGUGCUGGCGCCGCCGACAAUCAAACGAGCUCAAGAUUCCCCCCGACAGCCCAGAGGAGCCGGCCGCUGUGGUGUCAACAGAGCCGGAGGAGGAGAAGGAUGAAGAAAAGCUGAACCUAAUGGAGGAGAAGAAGGAGGCCGACCCAGAGGAGGUCAAGGUCGAGACCCAGGGUGAAGGUCACGCCGAGGUCGCGAAGAAACCCGAUCCAGACCAGACUGCCUAGUCCGUGACCUUCAUGUGUCCUUCCUCAUCUCACAGCCUCCUCCAGGAGACAAAAUCUAGUUCAUCACUCUGAACUCUGUAAAAUUCUAGCCUCUACCAGGCUUCGGGAGGUGGCUGGCAAGAGUAGAAAUUGGCCAAAUACAGAGAUAAACGUG